AUGACACACCACGACAACCACACCACAACUACGACGCUCCACGACACUUCGGCACCCUGCCACGUCACGCAACGCCCACGAAAAACGCACGCCAUGGCCCCAGAGCCACGAACGACCUCACGUGGGAGCCAGGCCACACGUAGGACAACGGACGACGAUGACGAUGAUGACGACAAUCAUAUCGUCGUCGUCAUUGUAUAUCAAACACGAACGACACGGAUGGCCAGCAAACGACGGAUGGACUACGACGAAGACACGCCGAGUGCCGACCACCAUGAGACCUGCCAAGCGCCGACCACCGUUAAGAAACGAAGAUGA